CCCCCAAUUAUUGCUCCAAUCUUGAAUUGCCUUUUAAUUUCUCUUUUACUCCCAACAUUUUAUUAUUAUUAUUAUUAUCCUGCAUUAUAAUUCUUCCUCCAAUUUCUCCUCUCUUUCCUUUUCUUUUUCCUAUUUUAAUACAUUUUCGAGUUGCCGCGUUUGGUUCUUGCCAAAAGAACUCUUUUUCUUUUCUUUUUUUUUUCAAUUUAUUAACAAAUUCAUAUAAAUAAAAAGAAAAAGAAAAAAUGAAAUUGUCACUGCCACUGUACAGACAGAUACAACCAUCUUUGUACGUUCCAACCAACAAUUAUCAACUCCUCCGCCAACCGCCGCCUAAGGACAAGGUGGUGGUGGUGCUGGGCGCCACCGGCACCGGAAAGUCUCGCCUCUCUAUUGACCUCGCCACCCGUUUCGCGGCGGAGGUGAUAAACUCUGAUAAAAUGCAAGUCUACCAAGGACUGGACGUGGCCACUAACAAAAUCACUGACGAAGAGCGCUGCGGUGUGCCCCACCACCUCCUUGGGAUCGUUGAUCCUGAGUCCGACUUCUCCGCCUCGGACUUCCGCGCCAUGGCGUCUGUUUCCUUGAAGUCGAUACUCCGCCGGCGACAUCUGCCGGUGGUCGUCGGAGGGUCAAAUUCGUUCGUGGAGGCACUGGUGGACAAGAGUUUUCGAUCGCGAUACGAUUGCUGUUUCCUCUGGGUGGAUGUAGCGAGGCCUGUGCUUGAUUCCUUCGUAUCUGAUCGGGUUGAUCGGAUGGUGGAGAGAGGAAUGGUGAAAGAAGUUCGAGAUUUCUUCAAACCUAACGCCGACUAUUCCAAGGGGAUUCGGAGGGCGAUCGGAGUCCCCGAGUUCGAUAUGUUUUUCCGAGCGGAAUCGUUCUGCGACGAGGAAACUCAGGCGAGAAAUUUCGCUGACGCGAUUGAUAAAAUAAAGACGAACACAAGCAGACUGGCGCGACGCCAGCUAGAGAAGAUUCACCGGCUGAGGAACACGAAAGGCUGGAUGAUGCACCGCCUUGACGCGACUGACGUGUUCAGGAAACGCGGCGGAGAGGCGGACGCUGCGUGGGAGGAUCUGGUGGCUGGGCCUGGCAUCGCCGUCGUCAGGAGGUUCAUAUAUAAUAUGGAGCCUGUGGGUUGCGGCGGUGUGACGGCGGUGAGAGACAGAGCAUCUUUAAUGGCAACAGCAUCUUAUUAGGCAGCAAAUUGUUUAAGUACUACCAUUUCGAUUAUUCUGAUGAGCGCGCUUUUGUUAAUUCAUGAGGAAAUAUUUGUUUUUUAUGCUAAUAUCAAUCGCUAAUAGUUGAUAUUACUAAGUUCAUAUUUCAUAAAAGAAAAUUUUAUAUUAUAUUAUUCCUUCCACUC